AUGCGACGCACGAGGCGGCCGCGUGGGUGGGCAGCCACGGAGAGGUGCGGCCUUUGCGCCGCCGACCCACAGCUGCCUCCCGACGGCCCACGCCGGACUCGUGCCCGCGACCGCGUACUCAGCGGAGUCCGCCCUUUGGCCCUGCGCUGCGCCUCUGCUAGCAAGGCUCGCGAUCCGUCGUCGCGCUUGCCUCACCCCCUGUCGGCGGCGCCAGGUGGGGUCGUGGUACUUUGCGCCGCGCCGCCUCUCGAGCGAGCCGUUCGACGAGGCUCAGAGAACCCCCCCCCCCCCCGCGCGCGCUGGCGGCGCCUCUCGCGGCGCUUCUCACAGAGGCACCGCGCCCUCGAGCAGGCUCUCGACGAGACUCGCGCUGGCCACACCCUCUUGCGAUACUCCGCGCCGGGCGGGCGGGACGGCGGCCACCCCGUCUCCCUCCUUUCGCCGCGCAGCAGUGGCCCGACCGGGGCGCACGUGUCCGCGGUGCCUCUCGGCGGGAGCAGCGGGGCGGCGGACCCGUCAAGAGGCGUGUCUGCGCUCAAGCUGCUGCCGGGCCGCCGCGACGUCCUCGUCGCCCUCAAGACGGAGGAGUCGGGCGGCCGCGUGGCGAGCUACCUGUCCAUCCUGCGGAGCGAGAGCGGCGAGGCGCUCAUGCCCGACGCGGAGGUCGCGCAGGGGUUCAAGUUUGAGGGCCUCGAGGUCUCCGUGCCGACGUACGUGUAA